UGUCAUUCGGUAAACCAUUACCGCGAAUAAAUUUUUCGAUAAACAGUCCGACCGUCGAAAUGAAGGCAUUUAUUGCGGCCUGCUGUGUAAUUUCCAUAGUUUAUUGCAAAACUUUGGGGGUACACAAAUCCGGACAAAGAUGUGUCAACAUGUGGGACGAAGGCUGCAUUAAUGGACAGUUGAACGGGGCAGGUAACGACGACAACUAUCUGAACGGCGGCUUCACCCCCGGAAAGCGAUGUGUCAACAUGUGGGAUGAAGGAUGCGUCAAUGGACAACUUAGCGGUGCAGGUAACGACGACAACUAUCUGAACGGCGGCUUCACACCUGGCAAACGAUGUGCGAACAUGUGGGAUGAAGGAUGCAUCAAUGGGCAACUGAAUGGUGCAGGUAACGAUGACAAUUAUUUAAACGGAGGCUUCACACCUGGCAAGCGCUGUGUCAACAUGUGGGAUGAAGGCUGUAUCAAUGGACAACUGAAUGGUGCCGGCAAUGAUGACGACUACUUGAAUGGUGGUUUCACUCCUGGUAAGAGGUCUUUGCAUUCCCUCAUGCAAAAACUACAGCAAAACCGACACCAUUUUUAAUUUUUAGUCUUUUGAAAGUUACCGGAAUACAAGGCAUUUUAUUUGCAGCAAACUGCAUGCUAAUAAGAAUAAAUUGCGCUUACCUAUUAAAAUUAACAAAUAUUUUAAUAAGAAUCUAAGAAUAUUGUUCUUUUAAUUACGUGACCUACAAAUUCGACGUUUAAUUGUAGCAACUCAGGUUCCUUGUUCCGGCACUCACGUUGUGAAGGCCUUCAUAGUUCAUAUUAAAACUGUAAAGGUGCAAUGUGUAACAUUGAUAUAUAAAUAAAAACUAGUUUCAUCACUU